GGUUCGUCAAAGACAUGUCCUAACAUUUGCUCUGUAAAUGCCUGAGCAAUACAACGAACAGUAUAACGUUAUAUUUGGCUGAGCAACGCCAAACUGGCUCCGGGCUGACGGAAUCCCACUUCUGUGGGGCUGAUGAGGCCAGUCAUGGCUCUCAGGAGAAGACCGGAGACCAGAGCCAUUGUUUCAGAGCUCAACCCAACUGAAAAGCUCUUGAGAGAUGGAGUUGAUCCAAUUCCUGAGGAACUUGGACAUGAAAAGCUGGAUGUCCAGCCACCCUCACCUGUGCCAGCUAGGUUCUGUCUAAGUGAUGGGUCUGAGGACGACUCUAUCCGAGGCGAAAGCCCUCUUCAGCAGGACAGCAUGGAGGAGGACUCACUGUCCGAGUAUGAUAAUGUCGUAUCAGGGGAAGAGAAAGAAGAAGAGGAGCAUGAUUACGAGGAAGAUGAGGAACUGCAAACCGAAGCGGACAGGAUGACCUACUAUGUUCACUGUUGUCCUGAAGAUGAAAGCUACAUGGAAGGAAUGGAUUGCCAUGAAGGUGCGGACAGUGCUGAGUGUCCUGGCACGUCUCGAGAUGUCCGGGAUAGCUGUAAACCAGAGGAGGCUUCGGAACACACAGAAAACUUUUACAAGGUUCUGCAGCAAGAUGCAACAACGAAGGUCUACAAACAACCAGAGCCUAUCACAGAGACAACCUUCGUACAAGCCCCCAUGGCUGAGGACGAGGUGGAUGAAGAAGAGAUGGAGGAAGAAGCAGAAGAGGAGGACAGUGAAGAAGAAGACAAUGUUGGGUUUUUUCGCUACGAAGGGAAAGAAGCAGAGUUGAACAACAAUGAGAUCCCACAUAAAGGUGCUGACGGCUUUCCCAGAGAUGGCAGAAGUCAUCCUCAAGUUUCCAGUUGUGCUAAAGUGGGGCAAGCAAGUGAUGCACUUAGUAACUAUAGAAGGAAUCAGGACAUCCCCAAACACCUAAGGGAUGUCCCUCGAGGGUCAAGUUGUCCUCCUAGGGAUCCAAUGGAAAGGGUACGGGAAGAGUGUGCCAGUGACUGUCCAAAAGAUUGUGAUGUCCCUGUGGUCAGAGAAGGUAGAGGAGACCCUAGACAAAAUUUCAGAUAUAGAGGACAUCAGUCGAAGAGAGUACACAAAAGAGACAUCACUUACGAGGAUGGUAGUGGGGUCAGCAAUAAAGCUAAGUUUGCAGAUCCAGAGGACAGAGGCGUUUGGAAAAAAAGACAUUUGCUAAAAUACUCUAGAGAGGACGACAGGGACAGAGAUGGGAAACAUUCACACAAGCAAAGUAAAAGUCCUGGAGACAGCAAAAACAAAGGACAGGACCAUCCCUUUUGUAGUUAUAAAACAAAGGGUGGAAUAGAAAGAAAGAGCAUUGGGGAUGUUGAGGAAGAGCAGAUUGAGAACAGAUUUAAGACCAAACUCAGAAUUUCUCCAAACAACUCAGGGAGGGACAAAGGUGCAUCUAAACAGACAAAUAAUGGGAAAGAGGCUCCUGAUAGUUCCAGGGCCUCUUCAACAUCAUCAGACAGGAGAAGCAGCCAAUCCAGAGCCCAUGUUAAUACACCUGUACAGUCCCCAGAUAAACGGCUACAUGAAGACUUGGCCAAACCUGUUGAAAAGGAGAAGACAAGGCCUAAUCAGGAACAGGUUUCUCAGAGUAGUCCAGAGGAAAGUUGUACAGGGCCACCAUCUGGACAAAAGAGACCGCAGGCCCAGAGAAAUCCCUCUUUCCCAAGCUUUGUGGAUAUCCCUGGUCCAUGUGAGCCAGAAGAUCUCAUCAAUGGAAUAAUCUUUGCCGCAAACUACCUCGGCUCUACCCAGCUGCUCUCUGACAGAAACCCGUCCAAAAGCGUGCGCAUGAAGCAAGCUCAGGAAGCUGUGGACUGUGUUAAGUCUGUAGAGGGUGAAGCUCAGAGCUUGACAGAGAUUGACUUGUUCAUCUCAACCAAGGCCAUCAAGGUGCUCAAUGCUGACACACAGGAGACGAUGAUGGACAACGCCCUCCGCACCAUCUCCUACAUCGCAGACAUCGGUGACGUGGUGGUCCUGAUGGCUCGCAGGCGUCUGUCUAACUCCUCCUCGCUCGACUGCACAGAUUCAGGCCUCAGCACAGAAAGUCGGAAGCAGUACUGCAUGAUGUGCUACGUCUUUGAGUCAGAGGAUGCCCAGCUCAUCGCACAGUCCAUCGGUCAGGCGUUCAGCAUGGCCUACCAAGAGUUCCUCCGAGCCAAUGGGAUCAAUCCCAAGGACCUCAGCCAGAAAGACUACAGUGAUAUCCUGAACACACAGGAGAUGUAUAAUGACGACCUCAUCCAUUUCUCCAAUUCCGAAAACUGUAAAGAGCUUCAGCUAGAGAAGCAGAAGGGCGAGAUGCUGGGUGUGGUGAUCGUGGAGUCGGGCUGGGGCUCCAUCCUGCCCACCGUCAUCUUGGCCUGCAUGCUGAACAACGGCCCUGCCACCCGCUCCGGCAAACUCAAUGUGGGCGAUCAGAUCAUGGCGGUCAACGACACCAGUCUGGUGGGCCUGCCGCUCGCCACCUGUCAGGGCAUCAUCAAGAGCCUGAAGAAUCACGUUCAAGUGAAACUAAGUGUAGUGAGUUGCCCACCUGUUACUACUGUCCUCAUAAAGAGACCCGACCUGCAAUUCCAGCUCGGUUUCAGCGUUCAGAACGGCAUAAUCUGUAGUCUGAUGCGUGGAGGUAUUGCGGAGAGGGGCGGUGUGCGAGUCGGCCACAGAAUUAUUGAGAUAAAUGGACAGAGUGUGGUCGCUAUGGCACAUGAGAAAAUUGUCCACACCCUUUCAGUAUCUGUAGGAGAGAUUAACAUGAAAUCUAUGCCUGCCAUCAUGUUCAGGUUGUUAACUGGUCAAGAGACUCCGGUGUACAUAUAAGGAAUCAUAAAACUGGGACUUUUUCCUGCAACUAAAAAAA